UGUGAGGGAGGUGUGGCAGGGGAACUGUGAUGGACUGUCUCACGUUGAACAGGGCCUGCUGUGGCAGCUGUUAUUAGAGUUUAAGGACAGUUUUUCCCUAUCAGAGGAUGACGUGGGCCAGACCCACCUAGCCCAACACAGCAUCGACACAAGGGAUGCCCCGCCCAUCAGGAUGAGACCCCGCCGUCUUCCGAUGGCUAGACAGGCAGCGGCGGAGAAGGCGUUACGGAACAUGCAGCGUGCUGGACUCAUUGAACCCUCCACCAGCCCCUGGGCCGCUCCAAUCGUCAUGGUCCCCAAGAAGACAAAGGACGACUGGCGCUUCUGCGUGGACUUCAGACGCCUCAAUGGCGUGACCAAAAGGGACGCCUACUCCUUUCCACGAGUCGACGAGUCCCUCGAUGCAGUGGCAGGGUCCUCCUGGUUCACGUCGUUGGAUCUACGCAGCGGAUACUGGCAGGUCCCCCUCACCCCCGAUGCCAGACCCAAAACCGCCUUCGUCACACACGGGGGCCUGUGGCAGUUCAAAGUUCUUCCCUUCGGCCUCUGCAAUGCACCCGCCACGUUCGAGAGGCUGAUGGACAACGUGCUCGCGGGGAUCCCCCGUCAGGAGUGUGUCGUAUAUCUAGACGACAUCCUGGCCCAUGGAGACUCAUUUGAGACGGCCCUCGGGGCGCUCAGACGCGUACUGGAGAGGGUGACUGCAGCGGGUCUGAAGUUAAACCCCCAGAAAUGCCGCUUCAUGAGACGGGAGGUCAGAUUUCUGGGGCACAAGCUGGGUUCUGGCGGCAUCGGCACCGCGCAUGAAAAGGUGCAGGCGGUGGAAGACUGGCCCACCCCCAGCUCCGGUUCCGAAGUGAAAAGUUUCACAGGACUAGCCUCCUACUACAGGAGAUUUGUGAGGGACUUCUCCACAAUAGCCGCACCCCUGUUCCGGCUGCAACGGCCCAGGGAGAAGUUCAUCUGGACAGACGAGUGCCAGAGAGCAUUCACCUCGCUGAAGAAGGCCCUCUUGGAGGCCCCCGUCCUCACCCCCCCCGACCCCACCCUGCCCUUCAUACUCGACACGGACGCCAGCAAUGUCGGCGUGGGGGCGGUGCUGUCGCAGGUGACCUCGGAGGGGGAGAAGGUAGUGGCGUACUACAGCGGAUCACUCAAUAAGCACGAACGCCGCUACUGCGUCACCAGGCGGGAACUGCUCGCCGUGGUCAUGGCUGUCGAACACUUCAAGUAUUACCUCGGGGGCCUGCACUUCACAGUCAGGAGUGACCACUCCGCCUUGCAGUGGCUCAUGACCUUCAGAGAGCCAGAGGGUCAGUUGGCACGCUGGAUCGAGGAACUACAGGCGUACGACUUCAACGUGAUCCACCGUGCGGGUAGACAGCAUGGGAACGCAGACGCGCUUUCCCGCCGGCCCUGCGCCGCUGACGGCUGUCGCUACUGUGAAAGAAGAGAGAGGGGGUGGAAAGACGCGGCCACAGGGGAGACGCUGUGGCAGGUGGUCGUGCCCAGGGCCCUGCGGGAAACGGUGCUACAAUCAGUCCACGGAGCCCCUGGAUCUGGUCACUUCGGGGUCAGCAAAACGCUCCGCCGCCUUCGUCAGGGGUUCUACUGGGGCCAACAUGGGCGGGACGUGGGGGACUACUGCCGCCGCUGUGACAGCUGCACAGCACGUAAAGGCCCCACGGGCACAUCUCACUGCCAACUCCAGCAGUUUCCGACAGGCUGUCCCAUGGAGAGAGUGGGGAUGGACGUGCUCGGGCCGUUUCCUCGCUCGGAGAAAGGUAACCGCUACAUCCUCACUGCCAUGGAUUACUUCACUAAGUGGCCGGAGGCAUACUGCCUGCCGGACCAAGAAGCAGAGACGAUAGUAGAUGCGCUGGUGGAGGGGAUGUUCAGCAGACUGGGGGUCCCGGAGGUCAUUCACACUGACCAAGGCAGAAACUUUGAAUCCCGCGUGUUUGCGGCCAUGUGCGAAAAGCUUGGCUCCCACAAGACUCGCACCACACCCCUCCACCCGCAAAGCGACGGACUAGUCGAAAGAUUUAACCGCACGCUGGGACAGCAACUGGCCAUAGUGACGGCUAAACACCAGCGAGACUGGGACGCGCAUGUCCCCCUGGUGUUGAUGGCGUACCGGUCUGCGACGCAAGACUCCACCUCCUGCUCCCCCGCCCUUCUCAUGCUUGGCAGGGAGAUUAGGACCCCGGCUGAGAUGAUGUUGGGCAGGCCGCCCGACCUCCCGGCGGACUCCCCGGGGCUUGAAUAUGCCCGGAAGCUGCAGGAUCGAUUGGAGUGUGCCCACGAGUUCGCCAGGAAUCAGCUACGGAGCGCAGGGGCGAGACAGAAGAGAAAUUACGACGUGCACACCAAGGGGCAGCAUUUCACGGCCGGGGAGCUGGUCCGGGUUUACAACCCCCAGAGAAAGAAAGGCAGGUGCCCCAAACUGGACAGCAAGUGGAUGGGGCCCUGCAGGGUCCUCGAGAGACUGGGCGAAGUCGUGUACAGGGUCCAGCUGCCGGCAAGAGGUAGGAGAGUCGCCCUGCAUCGAGAUAGACUGGCCCCCUACCGGGGCACGGGCACCCCCCCAGGAGAAGGGGGUGAACGGCGCGGUAACCGGGUUGACAACCCGACUUCCCCCCACCCCGCCCCGCCCAAUUCCCCCCCCCCCGAUGGACUACCAACCCCCCGCCCCACCCCACCCAACUCCUCCCCUGAUGGACCGUCACCCCCCCGCCCCUCCCCACCCAAAUUCCCCCCCGAUGGACUGUCGCCCACCCACCCCUCCCCGCCCAGGCGGGCCAGGAGGAGAACAACCGGAUUCGGGAACGUGAGCGAGAAAGAGCCGGCAGAGUCGGCGGGUUUAAUUGGCCGGUUCCACCUUCCCUAG